GACCACUGAAUUACUAUUUAACUAUCUCUUUCUUUCAUUUUCUUUUAUUCCUUCUACUCCUUUUUACUAACAAUUCCAGUCUCUCCUUCCGUUGACAUUCGAAUACGAAAAGAGGAUGCUCCAUCAAUCCCUCUAUGCCCUGCUCGCCAUAGCCGCCCAACUCAGUCUUCUGGUCAUCCUAGCUCGCAUUGUCUACCUCUGCUAUUUUCAUCCUCUUGCGCGCUAUCCCGGUCCUUUUCUGGCUCGGUUUACGAAUUUGUGGAUAUUCAUUUCGUUCGUCAGGGGCUCCCAUCAGAAAGUCGAGCAGGAUCUCCACAGAAUCCACGGUCCCGUGGUCCGUGUGGCGCCCAACUGGCUCUCCUUCUCCAGUUUGGAGGAUUUUGAGACUAUCUAUGGCUUUCACAAGAGCAUUGAGAAGGGCCAGUUCUACAAUGUAGGUCGUGCACAGCGCAAUCGGACACGGCCAGAGAGUCUGUUUUCCGUGAAGUCAGAAGCUGCGCAUCGGGUGAAGAGGAGAAAAGUGCAGGGUCCUGCAUUCUCCGGGGGGAAGUUGAUAGGCUACGAGGGCGCUAUUCGGAAACGAAUCCGUGGCUUCCUGCGGAGGUUGGAAGAGGAGAGAGAGGAGAGAGAGACACGAGAUGGCACUGGCACUGAUAUUACUGCCGGUACCGAUGCUGCUGCUACUAUUAACAUUGCUCCAUUGGUCCAUCGGUUUAUCCUGGUGACUUUAUUGGAAAUUAUCUGGGGUUCUGAAUUCGUUUCGUCGGUUUCAGCUCGGACUCCUCCCUCUUCAGGGGAAGUUGAUGACAUUGACGAUACUGCUUUUGCUGCUAUCUGUGCCGACCUCCGCUACAGGACUAGCACCUCAUGGGGUUAUUCCCUUCUUCCAUGGUAUGGGCGGGCGAUGAAUAGCCAAGUCGGUGACACCUUGCGCGGAUUGAUAUCGACUUUAACGUGUAUUGGGAAAGACAAGAAGGAAGAAAAUGAGCAGACGAAAAUAGCGCUGCCCUCCCUUUUCGCUGCAAGCCAGAAAUUGGUAUUCUCUCAUGCAGAAAAGUCAACUCCCAUAUCUUCCCAGCCAAGCAUCGUGGGCCGUUGGCUUGAUGUCCCUGCAGGAGAUGUAAACCGAAUGCCCCCUUUAGAGAUGUGGGCUGAAGGUUUCAAUCUUGUGAUUGCCGGGCCCGGGAGCACCAGCGCGGCAUUGACAGCAAUCUUAUUCAUGCUUGGUUCGGAGGAGGGUCAGACGUGGCAGAGGAGAGUUCGAAGAGAAGUAUCCACCGAUUCUAAACGAGACGACGGCACCGCAACGACCACUUCCACAUCAUCUUCAUCGAAAAUUCCUUCAUCCCUGGAAGCAGUCAUAAAGGAAACGCUCCGCCUCUAUCCACCCUUCUCAACUGCGUUCCCUCGUACCAUCAUGCCAGGUGCUGAGAACGCGUUCUACACUACCAUCUCCGCACCACUACCGGCGGGAACAACAGUAUCGGCAAAUACAUACGUCCUUGGCCGGUCCAAUGACCUUUGGGGUGAAGAUGCAGAGAUCUGGCGCCCUGAUCGGUGGCUCGUUAAGAAGGGGGACGAUGACGAUCAUGAAUUUCAAUGUAAUCGAAAAGACCUCGAAAACAUGUUCGUAGCUUUCAGUAAAGGAUCUCGAGGUUGUAUUGGAAAGGAGCUUGCGAUGCUUGUGCUUUCCAGGGCUGUGAUCGCAAUCCUUGAACAGUGGAAUAUAACAAGUCUGGGACAAUUGAACGGGAAGCACUCUAUAGAGACGCAGUAUGAUGAAUGCUGGGUUCGCUUUGAACCCUUAAUCUCUGGAUAG